CACCCUCACCUCGUCUGUCAUCUGACUUCUUCGACACGACAUCCUCCUACUCUUACUUCUCCUGAUGGCUGCAUACAGGGCACAGCCAGCAUUUUGUAGAGGAGUGCAUACCUUGGCUGUUUCAUCAGACCUGUUCAAAAUAAACAGAAGAAGACUGUGUGAAAGGCUAAGAGACAAAGUUCCCAAAGGAGCAAUUGUACUUCUUCAGGGUGGAGAAUCAGAAACACGCCACUCAUCAGACCAUGAACCUGUAUUCAGACAGGAGUCCUUCUUCCACUGGGCAUUUGGAGUAGAGGAGCCAGACUUCUUUGGUGCUAUAGAUGUUGACACACAAAAAAGUAUUCUGUUUCCUCCUAAGUUACCAGAGUCUUAUGCUGUGUGGAUGGGAAAACUCCUGGAACUUGAAGACUUCAGAGUGAGAUAUGAUGUAGAUGAAGCACAAUGGACAUGUGAUAUUGCUCAAGUUCUCGGGGCUAAAGGACCUUCAGUAAUUCUUACUUUGAGGGGUAUGGAUACAGACAGUGGAAACUAUACUAGAGAGGCAGCCUUUGAUGGUAUCAGUGAGUUUACAUUGGACAACACAAAACUUCAUCCACAAAUAAUGGAAUGCCGUGUGUUGAAGACAGACGAGGAGUUAGAGGUGUUACGUUACAGCAACCAACUCAGCAGUGAGGCUCACAAGGAGGUGAUGAAAAGUAUCCGGCCAGGAAUGUAUGAAUACCAGCUGGAAAGCAUAUUUCGCCAUUACUGUUACUUCAAUGGUGGUGCCCGGAACCUGGCUUAUACAUGUAUCUGUGGAACAGGUGACAAUGGGUCAGUACUGCACUAUGGCCAUGCUGGGGCUCCAAACUCCAAACAGGUCAACAAUGGAGACAUGUGUUUGUUUGAUAUGGGAAGUGAAUACUGUUGCUAUGCAUCAGAUAUCACAUGUUCUUACCCAGCCAAUGGCAAGUUCUCACAGAAACAGCGUAACAUCUAUGAGGCUGUACUGAAGUCCAGUCGAGCUGUCAUGGCAGCUUCAAAACCAGGUGUAUCGUGGGUUGACAUGCAUCUGCUGGCAGACCGAACUCACUUGGAGGAAUUGAAGAAGCUUGGACUUGUACAGGGUGAUGUUGAUGAAAUGAUGAAAGUGAGGCUGGGAGCAGUGUUCAUGCCACAUGGACUUGGACACUUCAUGGGGAUUGACACACAUGAUGUAGGAGGUUACCCCGAGGGUACAGAAAGAAUUGACCAGCCUGGCCUGCGGUCACUUCGGACAGUACGUAGGCUUGAGCACCGUAUGGUGAUCACAGUAGAACCCGGAAUCUAUUUCAUUGAUGUGCUGAUAGAUGCUGCCUUAAACAAUCCUGAGCAGGCAAGGUUUUUGGUGAGGGAGCAAAUUGACCAAUACCGAGGUUUUGGAGGGGUGAGGAUUGAGGAUGACAUUACAAUUACAGAGGAUGGAAUGGAGUGCCUUACAUGUGUCCCUAGAACUGUGGAGGAGAUUGAGGCUAUCAUGGAGGAAGGCCGUAACAGGCCUCAGGAGCCUCUCCCUCAAGAAACCAAGAAACAGGCUUGAGAUUGGUUGAAAUAUUUCAUUUAAAUUGAAAUGUUGAAAUAAGUGACAGUUAGGGUUCAUAUAUUCAUCAUGUCGGUAAGGAAGCCACCAGCCAUUUAAAAAUGACCAAGAUUUUUUAUGGGCAAACAAUCAAGCAAAUCAAUAAUUCAUGUCUGUGAACACCAGGAUUAAAUAUUGUGAUUGGUUAAAUGAUGACAUUCACAUUUCUAUUACUAAUUCCUUAAAAACAGAUUGUUUUCCAAAUAAACAUUUAAAUUGAGUGUUAUAGUGAAAUAUCAGUUCAUUUAUAGACUCGCUUCACGUGGAAGUACACAUCUAUAUGUUUUAUACUUACUUGGAAACUAUUGUCAAUGCAUGAUGUGGCUGGUUGUUUAUGAAUAAAUUCUUAAUUAUGCUAAACAACGAUGCCAUAUUUUGAUUUUUUACAUGUUAUCUAUCAAAGUAUUGACUUCAAAGGUACUAGUCAUUUUUCACAUUGAUACAUUGUUUGUUAAAAUGUCAAAGAAAAAUGAAUGAGUUCUCUUUAAAUAAAUGAUAAACCAAUUA